CCGCCCCUCACGACUGCACCCCAUCUAUUAGCUGGCCGUUGCUGACCUCGGGUCGGGACAUGUGGGCACAUCGGCGUGGUCCCGGCCGAGCAAGUGCAUGGUUCUGCUAUAUGUCCCCACCCGUGCCUGACCCCCAUGGGGUUGUUGCGGGGAAGAAGCUAGCAUCGUAUGGAUGCCAUCUCGGCUGGGGCAAGUCCAGUAAGCUGCCAUCAAGCUGUAGAUGGACUUGCUAUAAAGAUAAUAGCGACAAGAUGGGUGCGGGCCUUUGUAGGCACAUGAUGACGCCUACGACACGAGACUCCCUCGAGCUCGCCAAGCCUCUUCACAGCAGAUAAAACAUGUCUGCUGCAGCAGUCACUGCUUGCCCCUAUUCCAACCCCCAGCGCGUGUUUGAAGACCUCGCCGCACAACGUGAGCGGCCAGGCCUCGAAUACGAUGCUAUCCUCAUUGGCUAUGUGGUGAGCAGGCACAGUGACAUUGUAGAGGUACUCGACGACCCAUCGACCUUCAGCUCGCGGCCCACGGUGCCAGAGUUCCCGCCGCCGGUGCAGAGCCUGUUCUCAGGCAAGGUGCCAGACCGCGGCACGCUGAUCGCCCAUGACAACCCAGACCACGACCGUCUCCGCGCGAGUGUCGCUUCUUUCUUCGUGCCUCGUCGCUUGCAACGCUUCGAGCCUCUGCUGCGUCGGACCGCGCACAGUCUGAUUGACGACUUCAUUGCCAAGGGUAGCGUGGAUGUCAAGUCUGCAUUUGCGCUGCCACUCCCUCUCCGCACCAUCGUCAUCGUCGCAGGGCUCGACCCGGAGCGAUGGCAAUGGAUCGGCCGGUGUCUGUCCCUGUUCGGCGGCAUCACGAGAACCGAAGAAGGCGAGAAGCGGACUGUUCAGCAGCGCACUCAGGAUGUGCUCGACGUACACGAGUACAUCGCCUCGGUCAUCGAGCUGCGCCGCCAUGACCGCCGCGACGAUCUCAUCAGCCACAUCUGGAACGAGCGCGAUGGGCCCAACGGCAUUCAGAUGACCGACUUUGAGCACCUCUCCAUGAUUCCCGGGCUGUUGCUGGCGGGCCACGAGACCACGACAAACUUUUUGAGCAUGAGUCUGGCGCACCUGCUCCAUCAUGAUUUGUGGGAACAGGCUGCGCGCAGUGAGGCUUCCCGCAUAGCGGCGAUCGAGGAGCUCCUACGCUACGAAUCGGCCAUCACCGGCAUGCGAAGGACGGUCAAGUGUCCCGUCACUGUGUCGGGCACGGCCUUGCAGCCCGGAGAUGCCCUAUUCCUGGCGUAUGCCUCGGGGAGUCGCGACGCUGCAGUGUCUGGCAAGAACGGGGCCAUGAUCGACCUCGACCGGCCUGCCACCGCAUCCCAGCAUCUGGGCUUUGGCCGCGGAGUGCACGCGUGUCUUGGGGCCCCCUUCGCGAGGCUGCUCCUGCGCACCGAGCUUGCCGUGCUUCGGGAGCGGCUGCCCAAUCUGCGGCUCGUCACCCCAUACGAUGAGAUCCCAUACAAGCGCGUACAUGAGGCCAGGGGUGUCGAAAGCAUGUUCAUCGCGUGGGAUCCUCCUGCAUCCGCAUAUAUGGUCGCUCCACCAGGGGGCCUGACUGAGGACGGUCUUGUGCCCGGCUUGUCCACGCUCACAUUAUCAGUCACUGCAGAGCCACCUACGGGCACCAUACAGGCUGUUGUCGAAGAUACCACCACAAUCGCCAAAGGGGUCAAACAGAUUACGUUGGUGUCGAGCUUGGCAAGUCGCGACUCCUUCCCCAAGCAAUGGGGUCCCGGCGCACAUAUCGACGUGCAGACUGGCAAUCUUGGCUGGCGGCAGUACUCCAUCUGCUCCCGGGCACCUCCGCUCUUGCAGAUCACCGUGCUGCGCGAGGAGGGGGGACUCGGGGGUUCGCAAUAUCUACACGACAGUGUCAAGAAAGGUGACACAUUGCUGAUCAGAGGGCCACGGAAUCACUUUGGCAUUCGACGAGGAGAUGAGAACACCAAUGAUCGGGUCGUGGAGGAUCCUGGAGCGAAAAGGACCAUCUUCAUUGCCGGCGGCAUCGGAAUCACGCCCAUUCGACCUCUGGCAGCGGAGGCCAAGGCAGCAGGCACGCAGUACGAGCUCGUCUACCUCGGUCGGAGCCGAGACACCAUGGCGUAUGCGGACGAGAUGAUUCGGACCCAUGGCGACGACAAAACAACCAUUUGGGUCACCAGUGAACAGCCCGGCCGUCGGAGGUUUGAUCUUGAGGCACUUCUUCUCGAGCAGCAGCAGCAGCCUGCCAAGGACGGAACUAUGGAGCCGCAGCUUGAGGUGUACUGCUGUGGGCCAGAAGGGCUCGUCUCGAGGGUCGAAGCCAUCAUGGAGACGAGAAAGGAGACACAUCCGGGCGACGUGCUGCACGUUGAGCGCUUUGCUCACCCUGCCGAGAGCGCCGGCGACACCGCAGAGAACCGGCCUUUCGACGUUCUUCUUGCCCGCAGCGGCAAGGUUCUCCAAGUACCUGCAGACAAGUCCGUGCUUGAGGUGAUCAAUGAGGAGGCUGCUGCUGGUAGUGUUUCUGCCGCACUUGAUACAGGCAAACCUGCUAAACAACAAGGAGACUUCGCAGCAGAAAAGGGGAAGACGAAGGCUAUCAUGUCGACUUGUGGAAAGGGGCUCUGCGGCACAUGCGAGGUCCCCGUGCUCGAGGGCGUGCCGGACCACCGCGAUGUGGUCCUGACUGGGCUUGAAAAGGCAGAGGGCAAGACGAUGAUGGCUUUUUCGACGUGGGAGGCAUGUAUUCUUGACCUGCGUGGGGCCAACUCUGCAAUCUACAGCCUGACGAUGACCUCGCUUUGCAACUACUCGCAGCCAUUGCUCUUCAACACCAGCGACCUGCAGCGCGAUGGUGUCGGCACGCUCUUUCCCUACAACCCAGACCUUUACGACAGUGCCUCGGGUCUGUACGGUCCGGGAUCCCUUAUAUGCUGGUGUCUCCUCAUUGCAUCCUUCAUCGUCAAUUUCAUGUUUUGCCCCGUCGACCGCGCCGGCCACCGCCGGCCGACAAUCACCACAGACCUGAUCGCGCUCACAGUAUACCCAGUCUUUGCCGCCACCGAUGCUCUCGUCCAGGCAAUGAAGCUGCUUGGUGUGCCGGAUCGUGCCAAGGUCCUCUUCUGCUUGCGAUACCCAUACGUGGACAUCUCCAAGGAAAUGUAUGGCCAACGCAGCCCAGACGAUCCACCGCUCGACCUCGAACAUAUCCCCGAGGACGUGGUCGCCUACGGGCAGAAGAUCAUUGCCCUGUCCGGGCCACUCCCGGUGUGUCAGGUCUUUACCACAGUCGUUUUCGCAUACCUGGUCAUCUUCAAGGUGGUGAGACACCUCCACGCCCACGAGGAGGUGCUAGUGCCAUGGAGUGCAAUGGACGGCGCCUCGCGCCUCAUCGUAUCCGCCUACGCCUACAUCCUUACCUGCCUGACGGUAGUGCAGUUCAGCAUGGCCGACGCGAACAUGAUCGCCGCGCUGACCCUGUACGACGUCGUGACGCCUGUCCUGUUCUUCAUCGUCAACGGGUUCGGCAUCAUCGUCGUCGUAGGCGUGGCAGUCAUGCUGGUAAUCCUGCUGCUGCGCGCGGUCCGGUGGGCAGGCGGCGAAUGUCUGCGCGCUGUGUACGACCUGCCGACGUUCGGGGACAACGAGGUGGUCAACUGGGCCAACUUCAUCGUGUACUCGGUCUUUUUCGCGUUCCCUUACGCGGUGAUAAUGUGGAAGGGGGACCUCUCGCUCACCCCGGACCUUGGCAUCGCGGUGACCGAGUCGGAUCAGUUGGCGGCGCUCCUGGGCGGCAUCUUGACGUUGUGCUUCACUUUGUACAGCGCCGUCUUUGAUCGUCGGGGUGGCCCGCCGCAGGAGAGUAGGGAUGAGGAGCAGAUGGUGCCUUUGACAUCGGAAAAUGUGUGAAAGAUCUUACAGUUGGCGGACUGUCGGGAGAGACGGUCGAGAAAUCCUGAAGACAAGAGCGAUCUUUGUGAGGUGGUUAGUUACGGUUACACGCAAGCUCCAGGGGCUAGUGCUGAGCCAACAGCUCGCAUGCAUGUUGGUGAGUCUUUGUCCCGAAUUGGCAGCGUCUUUGUCGGGCUCCCGAACCAACACUCAGAUGCAGGUGUCCUAGCCAAC